ACAACAUUUGAUCGCCUUCCGUAAUCAAUCAUUUGCUCUAGGAAGUCAAAAUAGGAUUUCCAAUAUCGUACCAUGUAGUUAAACUCUAUACAGAUUCAAAAAGGAUUUAGAUUUGUUUACUUGUUUAUUUCUCAAAAGUUUUCCAAUUUUGGUUUUAUUAGUUAUAUUUUCCUCAUUAUAUCUAAAUGAGCCAUGGAGGAGAGCGUUUAAUUUUAUCAUCACUAAUAACUAAGAAAAUGAAUCUUGUGUUGGUGUUAUCAUUUUUCCUGUGCAUUUCAUAUUGUCAUUCUGAAGUCCAUCUCGACGAAUUAAAGCCCAAAGAACUUGUAUUAUUGAAUGUGGCAGUGAAAGCGAGGCUACUUGAGAAACUAACUGAAGAAACCGACAAAAUCCAAUUUGAAAGGAACGAGUUGGUCAAUCGUCAUAAGUCAUGUCUACUAAAUGUUUCGUCUACAGCCAAGGCUUGCAAACAGUGUGUGGUCAAGAAAUGUGAAAAUAGAGGAAAGCAAUGUCAACUGUCAUCAGAAGAUUUACAAAAAAUUAAAGACGAAUUUGAUAAAAAAGAAAUACCUGGAGUGGACUUUUUAAGCACCCCAACUGUUGUUCAAGAGGAAAUACGAGAAAUUAAAGAAACUGCAGAAAAAAAUAUAAUGAAAGAUGUUCCAGCAGAAUUAAAACCUAAAGGGGAAGAAAUAAUCGAAAAAAUGAAAAAAGGAAUGAAAGUAUUCCAACAAAAUCUUGGUCAAGCUGUGAAUAAAUUACCAGAAUUAUUACCCAAAAUAGAACAGAACUUAGCAUCUAUGAAUACAAAGAUCGACAUCAAUGCUGUAGAAGACAUGGCAGAUCAAGCCGCUGGUCAGAUUUCAGAAACAAUGAGUGACCCAGCAUUUAAUGGAAUACGAGCUCAUGUUGUUCACAGUAAUAAAAUGCUGAAGAAAAAUUUACCAUCUAUCAUGAAGGCAAUGGGCAAUACGUUAUCAAGGUUAAAGUCAGCUGUUGGCAGAUUUGUUGGAGUUGUAAGGGUACAAGCAGGAACCGCUUGGAAACAAGCUGCCACUAAUUUGCCAAAUCAAACCAACAUGGAUACAAAUAAUCAGAUUCCCGGUGCCGAUAUGGAUAUGAUACCCCAACCAUUCAACUUAAACCAACAACAACCUGUGAAUGAUGGACAAUCAAUGUGGACUUCUGGACAACAGAAUCAACUAUCAAACAAUGUACAGUUUCCACAACAACAAAAUGGACAGUUUCAACAACCACAAGGCUUUCCCGACAUGCAGCCUGGAAUGUCACAAGGAAUGACAAACUGGCGGAAGAGGAGACAGGCCGAUGUACCAUGUGAACAGAUAAAAGCUAAAUCAUACGAGGCAUGCCAUUCUUACCACUUUUACUGUCCGUCUUGUAUGAACGAAAGGACUAUAUUAGAACAUGAUUGUGGUCGAGGAGCACUUGUUGCCAUGGUAGCCAUAAAGGAGUUAGAUCUACAAGCAGGAAGUGAUGUGAUAAAAUACAGACAGUAUAUGGACCACGAAUAUGUGAUUAAGAAGGUUCACUAUGACAAGAAAAGUCUGAAUCCAGAAAAUGGGAUGUACUCAAGAGCUUAUAUAACAGUUCAAAUAGGUGAAGAAAACAAGAUAUUCGGGACCUCAAGGCUUCCUGAUAUUCGGGACAUAAAACAUUCUGGAUUUAUACUAGGUGAUGAACUCUGGGACAUUUUGCAGAGUGAUGAAGACUCUGCGUCUGUUCAUAUUAAACAAACUCCAGAAUUUCAUAAUGUUAAAUCAGAAUUUCUGAAAAGUGAAAAUACUAGUUCUUCUGCUGUAGUAUAUGGGGCAGUUUGGGGUGUCGUCAUUAUGGUCAUGUAUAUGGGAAUAGUUGCAAUAUCCGUCAUGGUAUGACCUCUAUAUUUUUAGGGUGUCAUAUUAAUACCCUUAAUUUGAAAUGACUAUCUGGCGGUAACACUUUAUAGUAUUCCGCUAAACAAUUCCUUAACAUAUUGUGUUUGUAAGUGCUGUAGUUUACCAAUGUAUUAUGUUGAUAUUUAAGGAUUUUGAAAUUGUGUGACACAUUGAUUAAUUAAACUUUUUAGAAAAAGAUUGUUGUAGAACAUUUUGUAACACGGUUAAAGCAUACCAAUAAUAGAAACAUCACAAAGUUCAAUAUUAGUACAGUAUUGCAUAUCUUUCUAAAAAGUUUAUUUCAUAAGAACAAAGAUCAUCUGUCUCAUAAGUGUGUGUUAUAUGAUACAUGGUAAUUAUUCUUUAAACUUUAAAGAUUAUCUAAAAUAUGAGUUUUUCCAUUGAGAACGGACUGCUUAUAUCAUUGAUAUAGCAAUGUCAUUGAUUAUACAUUUUUUGGAUGUAUUCAUAGGAAUGCUUGCAUUAUGCAAAGCCUCAUUUAUGUUUUCAUAUUAAAAACAAUAAGUAGAGUUAAUCUUUGAUAACUACCAUUUAAUCCAUAUUUGUUCUUUCUUAAAAAAAACACCAAUUGUUUGUAAUAAAUAGCUCAAUAUGUUUAGAAACAUAUUUAUAUUAAUGUACAUUUAAAACUGUAAUUUGUCGUUUUUGUAAAAUCUUUUAAAUGAUAUCACUCUCCUACGUAUUCAUCAAAGAUAUUCCAGACUUUUAUUUUGGAAAUGUCUGACUUUUUCAACUUCAGCAUUGACUUUCAAAUUGGAUUUGUUUUUCAUUUGAGAGUCCUCUAUGAAGAAAGAUAUAGAAAAGAAUAAAAUUGUUAGAGUGUAAAUGUUAUUUUCAUUGUAAUUCUGGUAAAAAGUUUAGAUUCUGUUUUGGUCAGUAAUUAUACGGUAACAAGAUUACUGCUCGUCUACUACGAUGUAAUUAACUCUGCUUAUAGCCAUAAAAGUAUCUGCUAGAGUUUGUGAAAUAAUUUAUAUUUAUAUUUAUUUUUGUUUAAAUGUAAGAAAUAGUGAUGCUUUUAGAGCAAAGAAAUAAAUUAUUAUUAAUACAGCAUUUUUCAUGGAUUUAAACUACGUUUUUGUCAUUACUGACUCAAAAUCGGCAGCUUUACUUGGCAAAUUCACUUAUUACAACAAAGAAGCAUCUUUAACUUGAGAUGUUUUUGGUAUGUCUUUGAUUAUAUGCAUAAUUUGAAAACAUGAUACUUGUGAAGUUUAUACAAUUUCUGUAUAUGACGAAUAAAAUUCUCUAACAAAUUCUGUAUGAUUUUGAAAUCCAAAUAAAAUGUUGAUUUUGAA